GAUCUUUUUGAACUUAUUAGCAAUUAGACUGUUAGCUCGCUUCACAAGCAUGUCAUCUUCGUUCCAAAACUUUUUAUGUCCUAUGCAUACACUCCUUGAUAGUUAUCUUGAUCUAGUAUCUUUGUUUCACACAAUAGAGCAUAAGUUUUGUGGUUUAUCCACUGGGCUUAGAGUUUGUGUUUAAGCUACCAAAUUUUAUUAUUAUUAUUUUAUUAUGUGAGAUAUGGAACACGACUCAAGUGCAGACAAGAAGAUUGGAGUCUUUCCAUCAGUACUGCUUAAGAAGAAUCCUGAGAGUGAGGUGGUUCCAUCGAGUAAGUAAUGAGGAUGUUUUAAGAAGGGCAUCAAUAACUGCUCUUGCUGAAAUAAUAACAACAAAACGGCUGCGUUGGUUUGGACAUGUCAGUAGAAUGCCUGAAGAUCAGUUACCCAACUAUUUACUUGAAUGGAAACGCAAGCAUGGGAAGAGAUCAAGAGGCAGACCUAGGAAGAGCUUAAUUGAUGUAUUUAUUGAGGAUGCUGAGCAGAGAUUGGAUCGUAAUGGACUCACGAUUGAUUGUAUGAGAAGAUUAGCUGCAGACCGAAAGGGAUGGAGAAAUGUUACCCGCCGAAGUUGUAUAAUACAAAGUAAUGAUGCAGUCGACGCAGACUAAUCCUUUUGGAUGGAGAUCUCGCCAUGUAACAUCACGGUAAGCUCAGCUAUCAUAUAAAUGGGGAAGUGCUCUACACUGAUACAUCCCAGUUUGGAUCUUUUGUCAACUCAGAGAAGAUUGAAUCCAGUCAAAGUUCAGCUGUUCGAGCAGGAAUGGAAAUAAAAUUAGGUCAUCACCCUACUGUGUGGACAUUAGAGCUAAUGAAAGUUGUUGUAUCAAACCUCCAAGGGACAGCAAAACGUGAAGUUGUAGGUACUGUUAAAAGAUUGCAACUAGCAUUCAGUGGAGAAUGGGAUAAGACAUGCACAACUCUGAUCAUGUCCAAAAUAUCAACAACAGUGAAGGUGAUAAAGGCAGUGUCUCACUGCCGAACAAUUCUUACACCUGCAUUUAUUAAAGAUCUGGACACUGCCAUCAAAGAUAAGAUCAAAAUUCCUAUGCUGAAUAAAUAUAUUCCAUCUGUCAGUGAUCUAACUUUGAGAACUGCGAAAUUCCACCCAAUUGCUGAAAGAAAGACACUGUUUGAUCCCCUUCAGUUUGUAUUCAUGAGUGUUGAUGAUAAAAAAGAAAGUGAACAGAUCGUGAAGGAUCUUGGUGGAACUGUUGCCUUGCUGGAUCCUCUUUUUAAAGAUAGAAGAAAAGUUAUACUUUCAGAGGAGUCCAUUGUCAUGGAGACAAAAGAUGCUGCGCUCAGUAAGUUGAUGAGAACAACACUUCUUGAACGAGGUCUGGUGCCCACAAAGCAUGGUGACCUCAUCUUGUCACUUUUCUAUAACGAUAAAACGAAGCUGUUUAAGAAGUUCUCCGAGACGCAGUCCACCCAGUCAGGACAGAUAAGGAUUCAAGAUACGCAAGGUUUCUCACAAAUGAGUUGCACGCUUCAAGAAACACAGACUCUUGAUGUUUCCUCCAUUGAAGCAUCUGCCGUUCCUCCACGACUUGACAAAACCAUUCUGACUCCUCUGAGAGGGCUGCAGAGUAACAGCACAAAAGUUGAGAGCUGUGCAUCAACAAUGAAACCGGAGAUGUGCUCUGAACCUGAUGAGGGUUCUAAAACAACAAAAAGUUUGAAACUUCCUGAUCUCACUGUUCAAAAACCAAAACAAGAUAUUUCCUUCUAUGAAGCUUCUGUUUUUCCACCAAAACUUGACAGAACCAUCAAGACUCCUUUAGCUUCGCCUUUCAGUACCAAGCAAGAAGUAACGUUUAUUGAACCAUCUGCUGUACCCCCACGACUUGAUGCAACAAUCAAGUCUCCUUUGAAUUCAAUAAUGAGCACAGGAAAAAGCUCGAAUAUAUCAGCUAUUGAGCCUUCUCAUAUCGUCAGCCCUCUUGAACGAAAUUCGACGCAGUUCAAAACUUCUUCAUCUCCUUCACCACUUAUCAGCCAUGCAACAUCGAGGACAACUAGUGAUAGAUUUGACUUGACUACUCCUACAAGAACUAGUGUUGGUUCAGAUGUAUCCCUGUUUGAUAAUUCACGGUCGAAAUCAUUUGUUGAGAUUUCAACUCCUUCAGGAACCUUGGCUUCAAAACCGCUACCGAAAAAUUCCAGUAAGGUUGCGUCCUCUAGUAGGAAGAGAAAUUUGAUGGACAGUGAUGAAAGUGAUGAAGACAGUGAGGAUGAAAAUAAUCCGUUUGCUGCUUCCAAAACAAAAUCGAGCUUCUUUUCAAAUACGAACAACCGUAGUAAAGCCCUUAAUUCAAGCGUCCCUGCUUCCAACAAUUUUGCCAAGAAACCUAAAUUGGAACCACAUGAUGGAAGUGAAGAUAAUUCAACCUGUCGAAGAUCAGAUUUGGAAGCAAAGUCUUCAUCAAAUACUGAGAAUACUGAUGCCGAUAGUACUGGAAGGGUUUGUGAAUCUCCUCCUUCCUCUAGUCCCACUGAUAACUAUUCCAUUGAAAUGCAGGAAACUUCCUCAUCAGCAAGUCAACCUUUUAAACGGGAGCUCAAGGAAAAAACAGAAUCUGUGACUAAACGGCUAAAAACAGGUGAAAGUCCGGUUUUAACCACUGCUAGUUCAAUAAAUGUCACAAUUCCCGAUACCUCUCACAGCAUCUGGCUCAAACGGCCGGACACAAACACUGAGAUGGAAAAAUCAUGCGACAGUUUUAGAAAGAUUAGAAUAGACGUUAGUUCAGAUCUUAUAAAGGCGACUAGCAACACUUCUGCGGUUGAUUCAAGUCAUGUUAAUAGUAGGGGUGAUCAAAGUGUGGUUAAUUACAAAAUGUUUAAAAAGAAGGGUGUGGUAAUGAGGUCGAUGAAUGUUACUGUUGCAGACGGACAAUUUCGGAGUAAUACCACAUCUAUUUUCGAAGCUUCGCAGUCACAACAGAGCGUGGGAGAAGAAGAAGAAGAAAUAUCCAUAUUUUCUGACAGAAAUGCAGGUAGCAGGCGCACUGUAUUCUGAUGACAA